UUGCACCAAUUAUAUGUAUCUCAGUGGAAUUGGUGUAAGUUAAAUUACUUUUCUUGGGUUUUAUAUUUUUUCAAAUUUUGUUGGUGAUUUAAGGACAUAUGCAUUAAGAGUAUGUGAAUAUUUCUAUAUUGCAAACUAUGGGGAAUUAAGUUUAGAGAACUAGAGAAGUAGUUGUGAGUUGUGACAUGUUUGGUUGGUUGGUGAUUGCUCUGGAAAGUGAUAAGAGAGAUGUCAAUGUGGAUGGUGAUGUGAGGGAUAGUUUGGUUUUCUUGGAAAAAAGAAAGAGACCCAUUCUGGUUGAGGUGUGAAAAUGCCAGAAGAGAGAAGGGAAAGGAUUCAUUUUAGGAAACUCUAUUCAUUUGCAUGUUUUCACUCUAAGUAUGAACAUAGCCAUUCCCAAAUUGGGCAGAAAGGGUACUCAAGGGUAGUGUAUUGUAAUGAUCCCUAUCAUUCGGAGGCAGUUAAGUUGAACUACCGGGGAAAUUAUGUCUCAACUACCAAGUAUUCCGCAGCUAAUUUUAUUCCCAAGUCUUUAUUUGAGCAGUUCAGGAGGGUUGCAAAUAUGUACUUUCUUGUUGUGGCUUGUGUUUCAUUUAGCCCAUUGGCGCCUUUUUCGUCUCUUAGUAUUCUUGCACCAUUGAUAGUGGUGAUUGGAGCUACUAUGGCAAAGGAAGGCGUGGAAGAUUGGAGAAGAAGAAAGCAGGAUAUAGAGGAAAAUAAUCGAAAGGUCAAAGUGUAUGGUAGUAAUUAUACAUUCCAUGAGACCAAUUGGAAGGAACUUCGAGUUGGUGAUAUUGUAAAGGUGUGUAAGGAUGAAUACUUCCCUGCUGAUUUAGUUCUGCUUUCAUCUAGCCAUGAAGAUGGGGUUUGUUAUGUUGAGACCAUGAACCUUGAUGGAGAGACCAAUUUGAAAUUGAAGCAUGCCUUGGAGGUGACGUCCCAUCUUCAUGAUGAAAAUUCCUUGAAACAAUUUACGGCAGUGAUCAAGUGUGAGGACCCCAAUGAAAAGUUAUAUUCAUUCGUUGGAAAUUUGUCUUGUGAUGGCAAAGAAUACCCACUUUCCAUACAACAGCUACUACUAAGAGGUUCUAAGCUUAAAAAUACUGAAUAUGUCUUUGGUGUUGUUAUUUUUGCGGGACAUGACACAAAAGUGAUGCAGAAUGCUACAGAUCCUCCUUCCAAGAGAAGUAAAAUUGAGAAAAAAAUGGAUAAGAUAGUCUACAUACUUUUCAGUACUCUGGUAUUGAUUGCUUUUGUUGGAUCUUUGUUUUUUGGAAUUGAAACCAAAAAAGAUUUCAGUGAUGGAAACCUUAGAAGGUGGUAUCUUCAUCCAGAUGAUACAACUGUCUUUUAUGACCCUAAACGACCAUCACUUUCUGCAUUUCUUCAUUUCCUGACAGCCCUUAUGUUGUAUGGAUACCUAAUUCCAAUAUCUUUGUAUGUAUCCAUUGAGAUUGUGAAGGUUUUACAGAGUACUUUUAUUAACCAAGAUCAGCAUAUGUAUGAUGAAGAAACAGACAAGCCAGCACAUGCACGCACAUCUAAUUUAAAUGAGGAACUUGGUCAGGUAGAUACUAUACUGUCUGAUAAAACAGGCACUUUGACAUGUAAUUCCAUGGAGUUUGUUAAAUGUUCAAUAGCAGGAACUGCUUAUGGCCGUGGUAUGACAGAAGUGGAGAGGUCACUGGCAAGGAGGAGGGGGGAUCCACCGCCUGAAACUGGUGAUGAUAUUCAAGGGCAUGAGGGUAAAAAGUCAGUUAGGGGUUUCAACUUUAGAGAUGAACGAAUCAUGAAUGGUCAGUGGCUUAAUGAACCCCAUUGGGAUAUAAUACAGAAGUUCUUCAGGGUCUUGGCAAUAUGUCACACAGUGAUUCCUGAAAAAAAUGAAGAGUUGGGAGAAAUUAUGUAUAAAUCUGAGUCACCAGAUGAAGCUGCUUUUGUCAUAGCUGCAAAGGAGAUUGGCUUUGAGUUUUUUAGAGUGACACAAACAAGCAUCUCAUUGCGUGAGUUAGAUUAUGAGACUGGAGAAAAGGUUGUUAGAAAAUACAAGCGUCUACAUGUCUUAGAGUUUAGUAGUUCUCGCAAAAGAAUGUCAGUGAUUGUAAGGAAUGCAGAAAAUCAGUUGUUUCUACUUUGCAAGGGGGCAGACAGUGUAAUGUUUCAAAGGCUUUCAAAAAACGGGCGGCAGUUUGAGUCAUGGACCAAGGAUCACAUCAAAAAAUACGCUGAAGCAGGUCUACGGACCAUGAUAAUUGCAUACUGUGAGCUUGGUGAAGAAGAAUAUAAAUCAUGGGAUGUGGAGUUUUCCAAGGCCAAAACAUCUGUCACUACAGAGCGUGAUGUAUCGGUGGAUGAACUUGCUGAUAAAAUAGAAAGGGAUUUGAUUCUUCUUGGUGCUACAGCAGUUGAAGACAAACUGCAAAAGGGGGUUCCAGAAUGUAUUGACAAGCUUGCCCAAGCUAGAAUUAAGCUAUGGGUAUUAACUGGUGAUAAGAUGGAGACAGCAAUUAAUAUUGGGUAUGCUUGUAGUUUACUUAGAGAAGAUAUGAAACAAAUUGUGAUCACUCUGGAUUCACCAGACAUUGAUGCCUUGGAAAAGCAAGGGGAUAAAGAGGCCAUUGCAAAGGCUUCUCUUGAAAGCAUAAGGAAGCAAAUUAGAGAAGGGAUGUCUCAGAUAAAGUCAGCAAAAGAAAGUGAUGUCAAGUUUGGCCUAAUAAUUGAUGGAAAAUCCUUGGAUUUUUCACUAAAGAAGGACAUAGAGAAGUCAUUUUUUAAACUUGCAAUUAGUUGUGCUUCUGUUAUAUGUUGCCGAUCUUCGCCCAAGCAGAAAGCUCUGGUUACAAGAUUAUUAAAAGGAGAAACAGGUAAGACAAUGCUCGCUAUUGGUGAUGGGGCAAAUGAUGUUAGCAUGCUUCAAGAGGCCGAUAUUGGAGUUGGCAUUAGUGGUGUUGAAGGGAUGCAGGCAGUGAUGGCAAGUGAUUUUUCGAUAGCUCAAUUCCGAUUUCUAGAACGUUUGUUGUUGGUUCAUGGACAUUGGUGUUACAGACGAAUAGCAAUGAUGAUAUGCUACUUCUUCUACAAGAACAUAGCAUUUGGGUUCACUCUGUUUUGGUUUGAGGCCCAUGCUUCUUUCUCUGGUCAACCUGCGUAUAAUGAUUGGUACAUGUCAUUUUACAAUGUCUUCUUCACCUCACUUCCCAUAAUUGCUCUUGGUGUUUUUGACCAGGAUGUUUCUGCACAACUUUGCCUCAAGUAUCCCUUCUUAUAUUUGGAGGGAGUCGAGAACAUUCUCUUCAGCUGGUCCCGUAUACUUGGUUGGAUGUUUAAUGGAUUUCUAACCUCCAUAAUUAUCUUCUUCUGGACAACCAAGUCGAUGAUUAAACAAGCCUUUCGGAGAGAUGGGCAAGUAGUUGACUAUGAAGUCCUUGGAGUCACAAUGUAUACUUGUGUCGUGUGGGCUGUAAAUUGCCAAAUGGCAAUCUCCAUCAACUACUUCACUUGGAUCCAGCACUUCUUCAUCUGGGGCAGCAUUGCCUUGUGGUAUAAAUUCUUAGUUAUUUAUGGUUAUCUCCCACCAGAGUUGUCAACAACAGCAUAUAGGGUUUUUGUGGAAGCAUGUGCUCCGAGUGUUCUCUAUUGGUUGAUCACCCUCUUAGCUGUCAUUUGCACUCUGCUACCUAAUUUUACCUUCAGGGCUUUCCAAACACGAUUUAGACCAAUGUACCAUGACAUGAUACAAAUAAAUGAGUUUGAAGGUGUAGAGGCUGAUGAAUUACCUCGGCGAGUCAGGAAGAAACUACAUCUCAUGGAGAGAUUGACGCAGAGGAAUUCAUGAAGGACAGUAUUUUUCUUAGCUUAUAUGAAUUGGGAUAUUUGGUGGCUGUAGAUGUUAUGGUUGGUGCUUGAAGCAUAGGUUGGGAUGAGCAUGUAGGUAGAAUCUGUUAGUCUCACAUUUUCAUGUAGAUUAGUUAUCUGUUAGUCUCUCAAUUUUGAUUGCAAUCAAAAUUGAGCAUUGCCCAUUUAAAGUUAAUCGCCAAAUGCAUGUCUCCCGUUGAACCUGACACACACACAUACCCUUUUCUUUUAAAGGCUGUAGCCAAGUUGACUGCUGUUAGAGAGGGUGAAAAGAUACAUUCUAUUUCUAUAAGGAAUGGGUUUGAGUCGUUGGUAUUUGUUCUGAACUCAUUGGUUCAUAUGUAUGCUGCUUGUGGACAUGCCGAUUGUGCACACAAGAUGUUUGAUUUAAUGGUUGAUAGAGAUCUUUCGGCUUGGAAUUAUGUGAUUAAUGGGUUUGCUCUUAAUGGGAUGCCCAGUGAGGCUCUUACACUUUUCAGGGAAAUGGGUUUUGGAGGGUGUCCAGCCAUAUGGGUUCACCAUGGUGAGUUUGUUGUCUGCUUGUGCUGAGCUUGGAGCUUUGGCAUUGGGUAGGAGGGCCCAUGUUUAUAUAUUGAAAAUUGG